AGUAGUAUUAUGCAGCUCAUGCCUCCAGUGAGAGUUUCGCUUCACUCUCUCGAGCCCUUCGUUAGAUCCCACUCUCAUCUGUUAUAUAGUUCUCUCUUCACCCGACGCUCCUUUUCCUCACCUCUGUUGACAUGCUUACUUUCGCCGACAGGCUCAACGCCCAAGUUGCUGAUUCUGCAAUUGGAAGAUGGUUCCGCCUGGAGGGCUCAGGUCAUGCCCGUGAACGCGAAGGUUCACGCUUUAUGACAGAUAUUCGUGCAGGUAUAACGACCUGGGCGGCCAUGGCAUACAUUAUUUCUGUCAACGCUUCCAUUGUGUCCGACUCUGGAGGAACUUGUGUCUGUGAAGCCGCCAAUAACUGUGCCACUGAUCCGACAUAUCUUCAAUGUAUCCAAGAGGUGAAACAAGAUCUCAUUACUUCCACAGCAGCCAUGUCCGCUCUGGCAUCAGUCUUAAUGGGUGCCCUUGCGAAUUUACCCGUCGGUAUGGCUCCAGGCAUGGGACUUAACGCCUAUUUCACAUACUCUGUCGUCGGUUAUCACGGCAGCGGAUUUAUAACUUAUAGGGAAGCACUUGCCGCUGUUUUCUUGGAAGGAUGGAUCUUCUUCAUCCUGUCGCUUCUUGGCUUACGUCAAUGGCUUGCCCGCAUUAUGCCGCAAUCCCUGGUCCUAGCUGUCGGUGCUGGUAUCGGUUUGUACAUUGCAUUCAUUGGAUUAACAUCUGGUGGCUUGAAUGUGAUUGGAGGUGACACGACCAACUUCGUCGGCCUUGGUGGCUGUCUCGAGUCAGAUUGGCUGAGUGAAGACAUGCCAUACUUCUGUGGUUCUCAAGUUUUACGGAGUCCUACCACAUGGCUUGGCAUCUUUACUGGCGGUAUCCUCACGAUCAUGUUGAUGCUUUACCGUGUCAAGGGCUCCCUCCUAAUCGGUAUCUUCAUCACUUCCAUCAUCUCCUGGCCGCGAAAUUCCUCUGUCACAUACUUCCCACAUAAUGACUCUGGUGAUCAGUUGUUCGACUUCUUCAAACAGGUCGUUACUUGGCACCCCUUGAAACAUGUUGGUAAUGCACUAGAUUAUAACUAUGGUAAAGGAAAGGUGUGGUACGCACUUAUAACCUUCCUCUAUGUCGAUAUCUUGGAUACUACUGGUACUCUUUACUCUAUGGUUAAAUUCGCUGGCCUUCGUGAUCCAGUUACCCUUGAUUUUGAAAACUCUACCAUUGCAUACUGUGUCGAUGCCUUCUCUAUUUCUAUGGGUGCACUCGUGGGCACCAGUCCCGUCACGGCAUUCAUCGAGAGUGCCACUGGUAUUGCUGAGGGCGGUAAGACCGGCAUCACUGCAAUCGUCACUGGACUCCUCUUCUUCGUCUCCAUCUUCUUCGCGCCCAUCUUCGCCUCCAUCCCCCCCUGGGCUACAGGAGGCGCGCUCGUUGUCGUCGGCUCGCUCAUGAUCCGUAAUGUACGCGAUAUCAACUGGGACUAUGUCGGCGAUGCUGUCCCUGCUUUCCUCACCAUCUUGUUCAUUCCUCUAUCAUACAACAUUGCGUACGGCGUCAUUGUCGGCGUGUUCUCCUAUGUCAUUAUCAAUGGCUUCGUUUGGAUCGUCUCCAAGAUUUCCAACGGCACAAUCAUGCCACCCAACUACGACGCGUCCGAGCCCUGGGUCGUCCCCCCUGGUGGCAUUGUGCCUACAUGGCUCAAGAUCUUGUUCAACCGCAACACCCGCGUCAUCGAGGAGUCACCCUCAGAAUACGCGUUCCAAGUGCGCCAACGCCACUCGAACAUCUCGGUCGACACGACGUCGCAGGACAACCCUUUGACGCCUAGGAAGUCGAAUUUCACAUAUGAGAAAUAAAAUUACCGUAGUUGUGCUAUACCUGCUAUGCUUUCCCGAUUUUGCGAUAUCCUCUCUGCUAUCGAUCCCCCCCUCGCCUCGCCUCGGAUCCCCCGACGACGCUUCCACUCUUUUGGUGUCUAUUUUUUAUAUAUAUUGAUUGCAUAUAUUGUACGUGUCGCAUAUGCACAUAGCGCUGGUAGUUGUAGAUUUUGUUCCUGUUAUGUAUAUUUCAACGAACUCGUCUGAGCUUUGG